ACGGCCUCAGGUGGGCUCAGCUAGUUUGAUGGGCUUUUGGAGAAUGCAUCUAAACUGCAUGAUGUCCCUCAAGGAGCUGUGUGCCUAUGAAACACCAUCCGUUGCCGAAAUGCAGAACUUCAUGUUGGCUGACAGACGGCCCACUCGACAUGUCAACCAAGUGUGGCCUAAUGUGUACAUUGGCAAUGAGGUUGCGGCACGAGACAAGUCAAUGUUGUAUAAUAUGGGGAUCACACACAUUGUGAACGCUGCUAGUGGACCCCCUCAUGUCAACACUGGACCCCGCUUUUACAGAGACAUGGAUAUAGAUUACUAUGGAGUGGAGGCUGAUGAUUCCUCAGAUUUCAUCCUAAGUGUGUUUUUCUAUCCCACAGCAAGGUUUAUACGAGCUGCGUUGUCAAAAAACGGAAGAGUGUUUGUCCAUUGUCUGAUGGGAGUGAGCCGCUCUGCCACCCUGGUGUUGGCCUUCCUCAUGAUCUGUGAGGAUCUUACACUAAUGGAGGCCAUUAAAGCUGUACGGCAACAUGGGGACAUCUCUCCUAAUCCUGGCUUUCUUAACCAGCUUCGACAUCUUGACAUGAGCCUCGUCCGAGAGAGGAAGAAAAAACUGGAAGCUUACAAAUUGUAACUGAAAACUUGGUAACAAUGUGAUGAAUCCCAUUUCAAGAGCACAUCCCUUAAGGGCCUCCUUUCCCAUGGCCUUGACCCAGUUCUAUUGGGCCAGAUCUGAUUUGCUAAUAUCCAUUGUAGUGCAAUACCA